AGGCAGCAGAGGGGAGAAGGGAAAGAGAGGCAACUCAUAUAAUAACUCAUCAAAAUGUCCGGACGAUCAGUACGAGCGGAAACGCGAAGCCGUGCAAAAGAUGAUAUCAAAAAAGUCAUGGCGGCGAUCGAAAGGGUCCGGAGAUGGGAGAAAAAGUGGGUAACUGUGGGCGACACAUCCUUACGAAUCUUUAAGUGGGUUCCUGUAUCAGAGACGAAGCAGAUAUUUAAAGCUAAAGGCCCAGGAGGGGCUUCGAGGGAACUGAAGGGCUUUCCUACAGACGUGGUGCUAGAAAAUGCUCGCUCAGUCUUACUGGAUUUCCAAGAUGACAAUAGUAACCAGAGUUUCUUGUCGGAUGCCUAUCAGUCGAAUAACAAAGUGGACAGCAGCAGUAACUCUAGUUCACAGCAUGCCAGUGGGGCAGUGAGCCCUACUCACACUCCCUACUUCCGCACAGAGGACUCGCAGCCACCCACCCUGGGACAGGAGACCAUGGAGGAGCCAUCAAUGACCAGCAGUGAAGUCACUGAUGAACCUCCAACUCUGAUAAAAGAGGAUUUGCUGCCUCUGUCUGCUCAGGAGGAUGAGGAUGUGGCAGUUGCUCCGCCGUUGAAAAGAGUUUGCACAGAAUAAAAGGCUUUUAUUAAAAGCCAAAUCUUAAGAUAGACACAUCAUGAUCAAAACAGCUCACCUGGACACGUGGGACUGAAAUGAGCAGCCAUGUUGUGAACUCUGUGUCUGUCGGCUGCAUUAGAAUUUGAUAAGGAAACAAUGAUAUCACAUCCCUGGACUGAUUAACUAAAAUUAGCAAGCAAUUAAUAAAAGAAACAACUACAGAUCUCUAUCAAAACUGUACAAAGGACUGAAAAGGCACAAACUAUGAAAUGGUUGGAAAUUAAUUUAAAUUUUUUCCCCCAAAGUUUUUACAUAUUUUUACCAUGAAGUAUUUACUUGAAGACAAAUCUGUAAGUAUUAUAUUUGCUGUAAAUAACUCCAUGUGGGAGAGAACACUAUAACAGUAUAGUGUGUCAUGGCAUCAUUUUAGAACAUUUAAGUAUCUACUCAUUUGUAUUGCAUUUUAAAGCUUUUCUAAGUUUGUGUAGAAUAUUUGCUUUCACUGUGAGUGCAUGUGUUGCUUUAUUAUUAUUAUUAUUAUUAUUAUUUUUUUUUACUGCAUGCAUGAAGGAGCAGUUGUUUAGACGUUUUACCAAACCGGAUUUAUUUGUUAACAAGCUAAAUUUAGCAACGGUAGAGUUCAACAAAGUCAUGUUGGACUCAGCUCAGGUACCUUAAGUUGAAAUGUUAAAUUGAUCUUUCAGAAUCAGAGAGAAGCAGAUACAAAUGGAGAAUAUAACAAAAAAUGUAACAUACUGUACUGUGUGGUGUUGAAGUUAUUUUCAAUACAUAAUUGACCAGCAGUUCUAGUAAUUCCCUAUUUUCAGACUUGCACUGGAAAUAUCAAGGUCUUGACAUUUACAUGCUUUGUUUUAAUAGUCUAUGGAGAUGUCUUUAUAGAAAAAAGAAAUUCUAUAAAAUAUAAACAUAAAAUGUGUGUGAUAUGAGUAUGUUUCAGAAUGAAUCUAAUCGAGUAUGUAUUCACAUUAAACGGCUCAAAUAAGUAUUUUUCAAAAUAUUUUUGAAACAUGGAGUGUAAUCUGAGCAAGAGACCAUAACAGAAAUAUGGAAGACAUUGGAAGACAAAACCAAUGGGUAUCUUUAAUUAGGCUUCAAAGAAAUACUUCAGUGAUUCUCAACUUUCAAUUUCUACUUAACAGAACUGUAGAGCAACUGGGUGAUCACCAUGAAGAAGGAUUUCGAUACGUUUUCCCUGUGUUGAAAUGGAAAAAUUGUUUACUCAACACUUGCUUAUAAGGGAAGCCUAACGGCAGCUGUUGGGGCUGUCAGUCGAUGUUUAUGCGAAACGUAUUUUUGUAGAAUGCGUUCAUGAACUUUUAUGAAAAAGUUUAAAGGAAAUUAAAUUAUA